ACAAUAGAGAGAAACGAAGCCUACCCUGAACACCAAACAAACCGAGAGGGCGACAAAAAGAAAGCAAACCACAUCGGGUGAUGGAGGGAGAGCGAGCUAAGCGAAGGACAUGUGAGGAAUAAAGACGCGAGGAUCUUUCCCGAGCGGUGGGCUUUAUUCCCGUCUUUCUUUGUCACUGGAUAGUAAAACGGAUUCCGGUAUGAACCCAGCAGAAGCGGCCGAGGAGGCGCCCAGCGACCCCGACACUGAUGCCUUCUACAAAACAGGGCCCUUCAGGACUGAAGGCAUCAAGGCCUCUGAUGUUCUUCCGAUUUUAAAGGAGAAAGUUGCCUUUGUGUCAGGUGGACGAGAUAAACGAGGAGGACCAAUUCUGACAUUUCCUGCCAGGAGCAACCAUGACCGAAUAAAACCCGAGGACCUGAGGAGGCUGGUAACCUACCUGUCUACUGUCCCCAGCGAGGACGUAUGCAAACGUGGCUUCACUGUCAUCAUUGACAUGCGAGGUUCAAAGUGGGAGCUGAUUAAGCCUCUGCUCAAGACGCUGCAGGAGUCUUUCCCAGCUGAGAUCUGUGUGGCUCUCAUCAUUAAGCCCGACAACUUUUGGCAGAAACAGAAGACGAACUUCGGGAGUGCAAAGUUCUCUUUUGAGACCAACAUGGUGUCAGUUGAAGGUCUUGCCAAGCUAGUGGAUCCCUCCCAGCUCACAGACGACUUUGAAGGCUCGCUGGACUACAACCACGAGGAGUGGAUGGAUCUCAGGGUGUCAUUGGAGGAGUUCAUGUCCAAUGCUGUUCAUCUGCUGUCCAGACUGGAGGAUCUGCAGGAGCUCCUGUCCAAGAAGGACUUUCCUGCAGAUGUGGAAGGCUCUCGGCGACUGAUAGAGGAACACACCCAGCUUAAGAAAAAGGUGCUAAAGGCUCCAGUGGAGGAAUUAGACCAGGAAGGCCAGAGGCUGCUCCAGUGUAUCAGAUCGAGUGAUGGCUUUUCAGGGAGAAACUGCAUCUCAGGCUCAGCUGACUUUCAGAGCCUUGUGCCCAAGGUGGCCAGUCUGCUGGAUAAGCUGCAUUCCACCAGGCAACAUCUCCAUCAGAUGUGGCAUGUCAGGAAACUGAAGCUGGACCAGUGCUUCCAGCUGCGCCUCUUUGAACAGGAUGCAGAAAAAAUGUUUGACUGGAUCAGCCACAAUAAGGAAUUGUUCCUGCAGAGCCACACGGAGAUCGGCCGAGGUUACCAGCACGCUGUGGAGCUACAGACUCAACACAAUCACUUCGCCAUGAACUCCAUGAAUGCCUACGUAAACAUCAACAGAAUCAUGUCGGUGGCGAGUCGUCUGGCGGAGGCCGGCCACUACGCCUCCACUCAGAUUAAACAGAUCUCAGGACAGCUGGAUCAGGACUGGAAAAGCUUUGCUGCUGCACUUGACGAACGCUCCACCAUCCUGGCCAUGUCAUCUGUCUUUCACCAGAAGGCUGAGCAGUUUCUGUCUGAGGUGGAGACCUGGUGUAAAGUCUGCAGCGAGGGCGGGUUACCAUCUGAGAUGCAGGAGUUGGAGAUUGCCAUUCACCGUCACCAGAGCCUUUACGAGCAAGUGACCCAGGCGUACACUGAGGUGAGUCAGGAUGGUAAAGCCCUGCUGGAUGUCCUCCAGAGGCCUCUCAGUCCAGGCAACUCGGAAUCUCUUACAGCCACUGCAAAUUACUCCAAAGCGGUGCACUGUAUCUUGGACGUGGUUCAUGAGGUUCUUCACCAUCAGCGGCGUCUGGAGAACAUUUGGCAACAUCGAAAGGUCCGAUUGCACCAGAGACUGCAGCUCUGUGUAUUCCAGCAAGAUGUCCAACAGGUGAUGGACUGGAUAGAAAACCAUGGCGAGGCUUUCCUCAGCAAACACACGGGCGUUGGGAAAUCCCUCCACAGAGCCCGAGCCCUGCAGAAGAGACACGACGACUUCGAAGAUGUAGCUCAGAACACUUACACCAAUGCAGACAAGCUGCUGGAGGCAGCCGAGCAGCUUGCGCAGACAGGAGAGUGUGACCCGGAGGAAAUCUACAAGGCAGCUAGACACCUGGAAGUGCGAAUCCAGGACUUUGUCCGCCGGGUGGAACACAGGAAGCUGCUGCUUGACAUGUCUGUCUCCUUCCACACACACACUAAGGAGCUAUGGUCGUGGAUGGAGGAGCUGCAGAAGCAGCUGCUGGACGAUGUGUGCUGCGAUUCUGUGGACUCAGUUCAGACUCUGAUCCAGCAGUUCCAGCAGCAGCAAACAGCCACACUGGAGGCAACGCUCAAUGUGAUUAAAGAGGGAGAGGAACUAAUGCAGCAGCUGAGGGAUGCAGCCAUGUCCACCAAUAAGACGCCACACUGCAGUUCCAUUGCGCACAUACAGGGUGUGCUGCAGCAGCUGGAUGAAGCCCAGGGCCAGAUGGAGGAGCUGUUCCAUGAACGCAAAAUCAAGCUGGACAUCUUUCUGCAGCUUCGCAUCUUUGAGCAGUACACGAUAGAGGUCACGGCAGAACUAGACGCUUGGAACGAGGAUCUGUCUCGUCAGCUGAAUGACACCAGCCGCUCGGGCGCUAGCAGCGGCAGCAGAAGCGGGGGAGGCGGUGCCUCGUCCGCCGGCUCAGAGGAUAUCGGUCUGGCAGAACAGCGGCUGAAGCGGCACGCAGAGAGGAAAGCAGCCAUGAACAACAUGACCUAUGAGGUGAUGCAGCAGGGUCAAGAUCUGCACCAGUACAUCAUGGAGGUCCAGGCUUCAGGAAUCGAGCUGACGGGAGAGAAGGACUUGGACUUGGCCUCUCAGGUUCAGGAGCUGCUGGAGUUCCUGCAUGAGAAGCAGCAGGAGGUGGAGGUCAACGUGCAGCACACGCACACGCGGCUGGAGCAGACUCUUCAGCUGCGCCACCUGCAGGGAGAAGUUAAACAGGUGUUGGGUUGGAUACGUAACGGAGAGUCCAUGCUGAACGCCAGCAUGGUCAACGCCAGCUCGCUGUCUGAGGCCGAGCAGCUUCAGAGGGAGCAUGAGCAGUUCCAGAUGGCUAUAGAGUCUCUGUUCCACGCUAACUCUCUUCAGAAGACACAUCAGAGUGCUCUGCAGGUCCAACAAAAAGCUGAGAUGAUGCUACAGGCGAGUCAUUAUGAUCCAGAGGCAAUUCGAAGCUGUGCUGAGAAGGUUGCCGUGCACUGGCAGCAACUGAUGCUGAAGAUGGAGGACCGUCUGAAGCUGGUCAAUGCAUCCGUAGCCUUCUACAAGACAUCUGAACAGGUGUGCAGUGUGUUAGAGAGCCUGGAGCAGGAGUACCGCCGCGAUGAAGACUGGUGCGGCACACACGACAAAGUGGGAAGUUCAUCCGACAGCGACCACCUCCUGCCUCUGAUCAGUAAGCACCUGGAGCAGAAAGAAGCCUUCCUCAAGGCGUGCACUCUGGCCCGGAGGAAUGCAGAGGUAUUUCUGAAGUACAUUCACAGGAACAAUGUGAGCAUGCCUGGAGCUGCCGGUCACACCAGGGGACCUGAGCAACAGGUUAAAGCUAUUCUGAACGAGCUGCUGCAGAGAGAGAACAGAGUCCUUCACUUCUGGACAUUAAAGAAACGACGGCUGGACCAGUGUCAGCAGUAUCUGGUGUUUGAACGCAGCGCCAAACAGGCACUGGAUUGGAUCCAGGAGACAGGUGAGGUUUACCUGGCCACGCACACGUCACCCGGUGACAGCAGCGAGGAAACACAGCAGCUUCUCAAUGACUACCAUCACUUCAGACUUUGUGCCAAACAAACCAAGGAGAAGGUGAAGCUGCUGAUCCAGCUGGCAGACAGUCUGGUGGAGAAGGGGCACGCCCACGUGCUGGAGCUGAAGCGCUGGGUGAGCACGGUGGACCGCAGGUACCGUGACUUCUCUGCACGGAUGGGCAAAUACCAGGAGAGCCUGGAGAGGAGCCUGGGAAUGAGCUCUGAGGACAACAAAGACCUGGAACUGGACACCAUCCCUGCCAGCCUGACAGAUGACCCGGAGGUCAAACUGCGUGACCCCAACCAUGAGGUCAACGAGGAGAAGAGGAAGUCUGCCAGGAAGAAAGAGUUCAUCAUGGCAGAGCUCUUGCAGACAGAGAAGACCUACGUCAGAGACCUUCAGGAGUGUUUAGAGACGUACCUGUUGGAGAUGACCAACGGUGUAGAGGAGAUCCCACCUGGCAUUGCUAACAAAGAGCACAUCAUAUUUGGUAACAUGCAGGAGAUAUAUGACUUCCACAGCAAUAUUUUCCUAAAGGAGCUGGUAAACUAUGAGCAGCUUCCAGAGGACGUGGGUCACUGCUUUGUCACCUGGGCUGAUAAGUUCCACAUAUAUGUGGAUUACUGCAAGAACAAACCAGACUCCAGCCAGCUGAUCCUGGAGCACGCAGGCACCUUCUUUGAUGAGAUUCAGCAGAGACGAGGACUGGCUAACUCAAUCUCCUCCUACCUCAUCAAACCGGUCCAGAGGAUCACCAAGUACCAACUACUGCUAAAGGAGUUAUUGUCCUGCUGCGAGGAGGGAAAGGGAGAGAUCAAAGACGGUUUGGAGGUGAUGCUCAGCGUUCCUAAGAGAGCAAACGACGCCAUGCAUCUCGCCAUGUUAGAGGGCUUUGAGGAGAACCUGGAGGUGCAGGGUGAGCUGAUCCUGCAGGACAGUUUUCAGGUUUGGGAUCCACGCUCGCUCAUCAGGAAGGGUAGGGACCGGCACCUCUUCCUGUUUGAGUUCUCUUUGGUCUUUAGCAAAGAGAUCAAAGACUCAGCUGGCAGAACCAAGUACCAGUACAAGAACAGACUACUGACGUCAGAGUUGGGGGUGACUGAGCACAUUGAGGGCGACCCUUGUAAAUUUGCUGUGUGGGCUGGAAGAACCCCAUCCUCUGAUAAUAAAACUGUGCUGAAAGCAUCCAGUAUGGAAGCUAAACAAGACUGGAUUAAGAACAUCAGGGAGGUGAUCCAGGAGAGGAUGACUCACCUGAAGGGGGCGCUUAAGGAGCCGCUUCACCUGCCUAAAACACCAGCACUGACCAAACCCAGGAAUAAUGCUAAAAGGGAGGGAGGUGAAGACGGAGACAGUCAGGGAGACGGCAGCAGCCAACCAGACACCAUCUCAAUUGCAUCCAGGACAUCCCAGAACACUGUAGACAGCGACAAGCUCUCCGGUGGAUGUGAGCUGACUGUCGUUCUCCAGGACUUUGCAGCAGGAUGCGGCACAGAGAUGUCUGUCAGCACAGGUCAGACAGUGGAGCUGUUGGAGCGGCCCAGUGAGCGGCCCGGAUGGUGUCUAGUCCGAACCACUGACCGCAGCCCACCGCAGGAGGGACUGGUUCCCACGUCUGUCCUCUGUGUUUCCCACUCACGUUCUAGUGUGGAGAUGGACUGUUUCUUCAGUUCAGGGAAAGAAAACUACUCUGUUGGCGGCUCGGACGGCAAGACCGAAUCGGUGGCCAACCUUCAGCCGCAGCCGUCCCUCAGCUCCCUGCAGUCCAGCUCUCCUGGUCCCAAACGCUCUGGGAACACUCUGAGGAAGUGGCUGACCAGUCCGGUCCGCCGCCUCAGUGGCAGCUCUGUUAAGAAACUUCCUAAUCACAAACAGAAGAAGCCAGGGCCAGGAACAGGAAAAGAGGAAAUCAGGAAGAGCAUCGACCUGGGUCAGCCUGACCUUACCCUGCAGGAUGAUGUCACUGGUGAGAGAGUCAUCAGCAGAGAUGGCAACAUCCUGUCUAAGACGUCUGGGAUGCAGAGUGGUGGGGAGGAGGAGCAGGAUGAAGACGCCCACACCCCUCUGCCUCCCCGUAUGAAGAUCAUCAACGACCCAUCAGAUCCUGAUGACAAGUCUUCGUCCUUGCUCACCUCUCUGCAGUCUUCCUCUGAGGUGCCCAGUGCUGCAGAGCUAGUUAGCGCCAUAGAGAAACUGGUUAAAACCAAGAUGAGUCUAGAACCAGGGGUGUACCCGGGGUUUACCCCCCUCUGUCCGCCUGAACAAACCACUCCUGUUCAGCCACGCAACCCUGAACAGGAGCAGAGAGCAAAAGCUAUGAGAGGACGGAUGUUUGUUCUGAACGAGCUGAUUCAGACAGAGAAGGACUAUGUCAAAGACCUGGGCAUCGUGGUGGAGGGGUUCAUGAAGAGGAUCGAGGAGAAGGGCGUCCCAGACGACAUGAAAGGAAAAGACAAAAUCGUGUUUGGGAACAUCCACCAGAUUUAUGACUGGCACAGAGAUUUCUUUGUAGGAGAACUGGAGAAAUGCCUGGAUGACCAUGAACACCUCCCUGAGCUCUUCAUUAAACACGAGAGAAGGCUCCACAUGUAUGUUGUUUAUUGUCAGAAUAAGCCCAAGUCAGAGUUCAUCGUGGCAGAAUACGACACGUAUUUCGAUGGAAUCCAACAAGAUAUCCAGUCCAGGUUGUCCAUCAGUGACUUCCUCAUCAAACCAAUCCAGAGAAUCACCAAAUACCAGCUUUUACUGAAGGAUUUCCUGAAGUACAGCUCAAAGGCAGGAAUGGACUGUGAACAAAUUGAGAAAGCAGUAGGUUUGAUGUCUCAGGUCCCGAAACUGUGUAAUGACAUGAUGAAUUUGGGUCGGCUGCAGGGAUUUGAGGGGAAACUGACCAGUCAGGGCAAACUGCUGCAGCAGGAAACCUUUUUUGUUACGGUGCAAGACGCCGGCGUCCUGUCCCGCUCGAAGGAACGACGAGUCUUCUUGUUUGAGCAAAUCGUGAUCUUCAGUGAGCUGCUGAGAAAAGGCUCGUCCACACCUGGCUACCAGUUCAAAAAGAGCAUUAAGGUAUCCUACUUGGGUCUGGAGGACAGUGUGGAUAAUGAUCCCUGUAAGUUUGUGUUGCUGAGUCGCGGAUCAUCGGAGCGUUUCACCCUGCAGGCAGCCAAUGUUGACAUUAAGCAGGUCUGGGUCCAACACAUUCAGGAACUCCUGGAUGCUCAAAGCAACUUCCUGUCUGCUCUGCAGUCACCCAUCGUCUACCACAAUCAGCAGAGUGGAGGAGGCAACAGCUCAUCGCUGACCAGAAACCGCUCGUCCUCAGGGAAUCAAACUACCGCGUCCUCUCACAGCCGACCCUCGUCAGUGGUCGGCCUGUGCAGUACGGAGAAGGGGAAGAGCCAAGUCAAAGUCUCCACCUCUAAUGGAGGUUCAUCGUGUUUUGACUCCAUGGACAACAACGACAUCACUUCCACCAUGCUGGUCACUCAGGACUACUCGGCGCUCAAAGAGAAUGAGAUCUGUGUCAGUCAAGGAGAGACCAUUCAGGUCAUGGCCACCAAUCAGCAGAACAUGUACCUCGUUUACCGGCCAGCCAACAGCCAGUCGCCUGCCGCGGAGGGCUGGGUGCCAGGACACGUCUUAGGCCCGCUCACAAAGCCCAUUAAAGACUCUUCUUCUACUUGCUCCUUCUCAGCAGCCGUAACAGAUGCCAACAACAUCAAGAAGUCUCUGUCGUGGAACACACUGCGUGCCAGGAAGCGCGCUGAAGACAAGGAUGCCUUCUCAGUAGGAAAACACCAUAGUACAGGCAGCAAGCCGAAGGGGAUACUAGGAUACUCACCCAGCAUCCAGGAGGUCCAAACUUCAGAUGAUUCAGAUUGUGGUGAUGACAUUGACCCAAAGACGGGCAUGGAGCUUCUGAACCCAAACUUCAUCCAGGAAGUGGCUCCAGAGUUCUUGGUCCCACUGUCAGAUGUGGUAUGUGCAUUCGGAGAGACCGUAGUCCUCUGCUGUAAAGUCUCAGGACGGCCUAAACCUUCAGUCACUCUGAAGGGCCCCGACCAGAAUCCAGUGACCAACAACAGCCGCUUCACCAUAGACAUCAGGGAUACAGGUGACAUCUUGUUGAAAGUCUGUAAUCUGAUGCCUCAGGAUACAGGAAUCUACACCUGUGUUGCUGUUAAUGACCACGGCACUGCAUCCUCCUCUGCCUCCAUCAAAGUCCAAGGUAUCCCAGCAGCCCCAGUGAGACCUGUGGCUCAGGAGGCCAGCAGCACAGCGGUGAUGAUCCACUGGCUGCCCCCACCUUCAUCUGCCCACUGUACUGUCAGCAGCUACACUGUGGAGUAUAGACAGGAAGACUCGUUCCUGUGGCAGCAGGUGGCCAGCAGCAGGGAGGAAUGUGUGCAGAUCGACUCUCUGAUCCCCGGAGGUCACUAUCAGUUCAGAGUUCGGGCCUCCAACCGCUGGGGUGUCGGCCCACCAUCGGAGCCCUCAAAUAUGGUCACACUAGCCAGCAGCAACUCUGGCUGUGAUGGGACGGGCAUUCAUUGGAAGGAAAACUUUGAGUCAACCUUUACUGAGAUCUGUGAGAUUGGAAGGGGACGGUUCUCAGUGGUACGGAAGUGUGUCAACAGGUCCACUAAGAAAGAGGUGGCAGUGAAGUUUGUGAGCAAGAAGAUGCAGAAGAAGGAGCAAGUGGCUCAUGAGGCAGACAUUCUGCAAUAUGUCCAGAAUCACCAGCUGGUGUCAUUGUUGGACACCUACGAGUCUCCCUCCUGUCUGAUGCUCGUCCUGGAGCUACUGGAGGAUGGCCGCUUGCUUGAUUAUCUGGUUGCCCACGAUGAGCUGAUGGAGGAGAAGGUGGCCUUCUUCAUCAGAGAAACACUGGAGGCCCUGGAGCACCUUCAUACCUGUAGAGUGGCACACCAAGACCUGAAGCCCGAGAACAUCAUGGUCAACCUCCAUUCUCCCAUGCCCAGUAUUAAGUUAAUCGAUUUUGGCGAUGCUGUCCAGUUGUCUGCCCACCGCCGAUACGUCCACCUCUUGCUCGGGAAUCCAGAGUUCGCUGCGCCUGAGCUGAUCCGUGGCGCUCCAGUCUCCGUGGCCACAGACAUGUGGAGCUUGGGUGUUCUGGCUUAUGUCAUGCUUAGUGGCGUUUCUCCGUUUCUGGACGAGUCACCGGAGGAAACCUGCAUCAACAUCUGCCGCCUAGACUUCUGCUUCCCAGAUGAAUACUUCUGCAAUGUGAGCCAGGUGGCGAGGGAUUUUGUGUCAUCAUUACUGCAGCAGGAUCCCAGGAAGCGGCCGAGUGCUACUUCCUGUCUCCAACAUCUGUGGGUGGGUCGUGGAGGUGGGGAGUACUCCAAGACACCACUGGACACGGCACGGUUGGCCACAUUUAUCGAUCGAAGGAGACAACUGCACGACGUUCGGCCCAUUAUGAACGUGAAAGGGCUGGUGAGCAGCGGCAUGGGAAACACACUGUGACGGGAUCUGAACUCCCACAGGAGCGUUUGAUUGUCUGUCUGUCAGUGUGUGCGUGGGACAGAUGUUUGGUGCUGAAUCCUUCCUGUGGUGCAAAAUGGAAACUCUUGCUACUGCAGGACCACGAUCAGUCCCCUGUAGACCAAAACCUUAACCCCAGAAUAUUUAUUUAUUCUAUUACCUUGUUAUUUGUUCAUUUACCGAUUUCAGCAAUGACACAUGAAGCGGGUCAGGUAAACUGCCAAAACACCACAAGAACCCAAAGAAGUCAGCUGGACUAAGGUGGAACUGGAUGUGUUGGCUCCAGUUUACCGUCAUGUAACUAACUGUUGGGACUUUGCAGAGGCCUCUCGCUGAGCUGAGGACUCGUGCAGUUGAUCUCAGGCUCUGGGGCAGUGCUGCCUGUCGCUUAAUAGAGGGUCCUGCACAAAGUGCUGUUUGAACUGCAGGUAGUUGGACAGUUGCAGGAACACCGUGAUGAGCCUGUUUCUAGUAUAUUUGUAAUCAUUUCCUUUCAAGGACAGUGUCAGCACAGUGUCCUAAAAAUUAUAUUUGCAUAUCGAUAAACUUCAGCUACACUUUUGAAGGGAAAUAUAUUUCCCCACAGUUUACUCGAAUAUGCUGGUAUUCAAAAUAUCUUCUUCCUCUUCUCCAGUUUCUUUGUCACUUUUCUUUCCCCUGUUUUUACUCCUUUCAGGCAACAGAUUACAGAUUACUACAGAGGUGGGAAAUAACAAAUACUCUGUUACAGUACUUAAGUAGGAUUUUCAGGUAUCUGUAUUUACUCCCUACAUUUUCAUAAAAGGCUCAUUACUUUAGCUUUGACACAUUUAAGGGGUAAUAUUAUUAUCAUUUCACAUCACUGCAGGCCCUCUGGAACAGAUUUGAACCUAAAUGUUGAGGACAGUAACAUCGACGACAAUCCUGUUACGACAAGAGGCAAAAACAUAUCAGUUAUACAUCACACAUACAUUAAUAGCUCUACUCGGGGGGUAAAGUGGACCGCAACAAAAAACAUUUUUGGUGUAGAUACCAUGAGCUGCGAUGCACUUCAGCAUGUAGCUAGCACUACAGAAGAGGAAGUAACGAUGUUUUAACUGGCAGAUCAUUUUAAAUGUACCUUUAAACAACUCAACAAAUAUAAACACACAAAGUGUUUGUGUGCAGUGUGGACAGCAAGUACAGCUGCUUUGUUUCCCAAUGAAUGCGUUCACUGAGAGAUGGAGAAAUGUGAAAAAACUAGAUUGGAAAUUACAUUUAAAUGUAGUUUUGAGUUUUUGGAUCCAGCCGUUUGUUUUCUCACACAUCUGCAAAACAAAUCAAAGGAUUCUGACUUUGUGUGCAUGAAAGAGCAGCUUAGUGCUGAGUCGGUUCAUCUACAGCACUGUGCUUAAGUUUAAAGUAGUGCACGAUGUUUGCCUGCUGCAGAGAACCUGUUGCGUUCAUGCUCACUGUUACAUCGGCUGAUGCUGGUUGGACUCCCUCACUGACUUCCAUCUUUGUGCUACAGAGGGAGUGUAAAACAGCCUUGUGAGUCUGUGUAAUCUCUGCUUACAUCUUGUUAAUUCAGUUGGUUAAAUUCACAAAGAGCGGUACAUUUUAGAGCAGCAGCAACACAAGUCAGUCGAUCACAGCCUGUAGACAAAAUGUACACAAUCAAAAUGAAUGGAGCUGAUGUUGGUUUCCCCUCACUCCAGCCGUACAACUGAUCUGAGAGUUUCACACCUGCCAAAUCCCACUUUAAUCCCCGACUAUGUUCUUGUACUAUUUAGGUGUUUCAGCAGUCACGAGGCUCAGUUUACAUUUCUGUGCAUUUUCACUUUUACUUGAGUUAAGAAGUUUAAUCAGCAGUUUUCAACACGAGUGUCCAUCGUUCUCCUAAAGUGACGGCUGUCUGUGGUUUUGCCACCUCUGCAUAUUUGAUGACACAGUAUUUGUGACUCACUCAAGCUAGAAACUGAUAAAGUGUUACCGAAGCAUCUGUAAGGAUCUAAAACUUUAAGUAUGGACGAUGUUUCUUUGUUUUUCUAACAUGACUUCAUCACACAUGCAUCAGUAUGUUGUGUGAUGCUGUUACUUACAUGGAAAAGUCUCUCCGCAAAGAAAAACGAUGCGUAGAAUUAUAAUUUAUGGAGAAACUGUUACCUGUAGCUGUCGUAUAGGCCACAUGAAUAAGGACUGCACUUUUCUAUGAUCUACCUUUAAUUUAUUAAAUGUUUAUUUAUUUCAGGACUGAACUAAGGGUGGUGUAAUAUUUGCUCUGGGGACCUAGAGCAGUCCGUUUACUCGACACAUGGAGUUCAGAGGAUGCCUAAACCUACUGAACUAAACGAGUGUGACUGUACAGCCGUGUAGCAGCAGACUCUGACUGAACUGUAGUGAAUGUGCUGGACUGUCCUGAACCACAAUAAACGGAGUUAAAAUGCAAACAUGUUGGCAUUACUUCAAGGAAGAUCAAACAGCGUCUGGAUCGCCGCCUUCUGUGGUACAUAUGGACGACUACCGGACGUUAGCAGGAUGCACCAUGGACACAGUUUGCAUCAGUGUUUACAGAUUCUUUGUCCAAAAAGUAGGUAGUUUACAGACUAGUAAAUACAAAUCAGGAAAGACCUGCAUGUAAAUCACCAGUAAUGGUUUAGAAAUCAGGUUACAAAACUGUCUGUUUCUGUAAGUAAAGCCUGUGACAUUUGGUGUGAAGGUGGGAAACUCCACCCUGAAGUCUGUUUUGUUGUAUGUUUGUUUACCAGUCACUGUGGUGAAUAACUGUAGUGGUUGGAUCUCAUUCAUUCAGCUUGUAAAUGUGCUCGUGCGGCUGCAGACCCUUUGGAUGAAGUGGCCGCUGUUCCUGGGAGGCAGACGUUUACUGAUGAAUGUACUUUCUUGUGGAAUGUGCUCUGUCGUCUGCUUUCACCCACUCGCCACACUCCCCGUUUUUCAUCCUCAAUCUUCCUCUAAGCAUUUAGUGUCAAACAACAGCAAAGCUCAUGUUCAUGCUUGGAUACUAAAUGGUCCACAGGAAGGGAAUUCGUCUUUAGAAGCAACUUUCAUAUCGGACGUCUGGUAAAAUAUUACCAAGUGUCUGUCACUGCAGCUGCAAUCGAUUCAGGUGUGUCCGAGUGCUGUUUUUCUUUUUUUACCACUCUCUCUUUCUAGUAGAGAUUCUUGCUGUCUUAUUGUGGACUUGUUGGUCUUGUUCAUUAUUUGAACUAAAAAUAGCAGACUUCCCCAGUUUUUUCGACCUCUCAUGCAAAAUAAAUCAAUCAAUAAAGAAAA